AGUGUGAACUGUGAAGUCUUAACUUUUGAACUAUAUUUUCUCUUUCGCAGCAAGACUUACUGUCGUUAUUGCCAGAGGGUGAAGCAGCUGCUUACACAACUUGGAGCAAGUUUUAAAGUACUUGAGCUCGAUGAGAUAGGCGAUGGAAGUAAGAUCCAAUCAGCUUUGUCAGAGUGGACUGGCCAAAGCACUGUUCCAAGCGUCUUCAUCAAAGCAAAACAUAUCGGUGGAAGCGAUAAAGUGAUGGAGACUUACAAGCAAGGCAAGCUUGUGCCUCUCCUUACUGAAGCUGGUGCUCUUUCCAAUAUCCCUUCCAAGCUUUGAUAUAACGCUCAAACCAGUGUAUGUUUAGAUCAUGAAAAUGUAUUGUCACUUAACCCAAAUAAAAGAAAUAUCCUUUCUCUUUGUUAACUCUGUUUACACAAAACAUCCCAAGGUUUGGUUAGAUUAAUGGAAUAAAGAUUUGAGUUAA